AAGUAUUGUACUGUGUGUGUUCUCACGGUGGGAAGGUGAAGUUGUAUUUGUUUUCUGUAGCUCAUUCAAAACGUGUUUCUUUUACCCAACAGUACAUUUAAAACUAAUAUUUUUUUUGUUUAACGUUGGCUAAAGAUAAAAUUAUAUCCGUACAAGUGGGAUGUUAGUUGGCUACAGCAGCAGCUCCGAAGAAGAAAAUGAAAUUAUACAAAACGGAAAGCGAAAAGGUGAAAAUCACCAAAAUGACAACAGCUCGCUGGAUAAUAAAAGAUGCAGAAAAGAAGCAGGUUGUGUAUUGAAAGUCACUCGGCUCCAGUCAGUGACAGACGGCAAAAAGUCCCCCAGCCAUGCGAAGGGAGAGGAAGCAAGGCCACCCCAGCAGUGUGUCCCAGAGCAACGACCCCGCCUGCCUAUGCCAGGCAGUGUGCUGAACAUGUUCAAGGAGACAGAGGAGGAAGAAGGGUUUGAGGACCGCACCCAAUAUGGAGGACGGAUACGCUCCUUUGCACAUGAGCGAGGAAACUGGGCCACUUAUGUAUACCUGCCAUACCUAGCUGAAGAGGAGUCUCUGGAGUUGGUUGAUCAGCUGAUCUCGGGAGCAGGGGCCCAUGGUGUCUCACUAACCAGAAUGGAGGAGUUUCACAUCAGCCUGUCACAAACUGUCAUUCUGCGCCAUCACUGGAUAGAACCCUUCGUCCUGUCACUGAAGGAGGGCCUGGCCUCUGGCAGAAGGUUCCUGUGUGUUGCAGACAGAUUGAAGGUCUACACAAACCAGGAGAGAACCCGGACCUUCUUGGGGCUGGAGGUGAGAGCAGGACAUGCUCAGGUGCUGGAGAUGGUCCGAGUGAUCGACAGGACCAUGCAGGAGUUCAACCUGAGCACGUUUCACCAGAAUCCGUCAUUCCACAUCAGCCUGGCCUGGUGUGUGGGUGACUGCUCUGAGAGCCUACGAGGGUGUUGUCAAGAACUGCAGAAUAUAGUUGAUGAUUUUGAAGAUAGUGCUUCCCUGUUGAGAUUUUCUGGACAUGAAAUUCGCUGCAAGUCUGGGAAUAAAUUCUUCUCCUUCCCACUGCUCUGAUGUGGAGUGUAAAUCUGCAGGAAUUGGACAUGAAACUGGGAACGGAUGGUAUCAUAUUCACCCCUUAUUACACCCAAACUACAAUAGGUAUCCCUGCAUGAACAAUACAGGGAACUGGAGCUGCAGAGGUAUUCUGGGAUUUUAAAAUUGCCUUUUACAUUCUAUAUUUAUGAAAAUACUGUAAAAUAAAAUGUAUUUUUUAAAUAUUGUUCCUUUUCUACUGCAGGAAUUGCAUGGCUACAUUUUAGGUUAGCUUGGUCCACCCUCCCAAAUAAAACCUGUACCCCUUAUGAGAUUAGAGAUCUGAGCUCUAACAGGCAGGAAAUGUACCGAAUUGGCACUAGCCUACCACUUUCAGAAUGCAUGCCAAGAGUUGUUGUAAAAGUAGCCAUUGUUACCGAGUUUUGUUUGUCAUCUUGGCCUGUAAUUCUGCUUUCAAGCUUCUGAUAAAAAUGUCUGUGUAAUAACUUGUGAAAAUUGAUAGCACCACUGUAUCCUCUGGUACUGACAAGAUCCCAAAAAGAAAGUAACAAAACAAGUGAUGAUGUGUAGUUGCUUUAUGCUUGUGAGGGGGGAAAAAAACCAACAACAAUUUAAAUUAUUUUUUUGUUUAUUGGGAAAGUACAUUUAUAAAAAUCAUUUGGGGGGGAGAAAAAAAAAAAAGACACCUUGCCCUUUACGUUCCUAGACAAAAUUUAAGAUUACUGACAGGCUCUUUUUAAUCCUGUGGCUAGAAAUAAAACACUGAUAAUGCACGUUGUUCAUUGUCUCCCUGCAUUGUGCAGACAAUAAUAUAAAGUUUGGCCCACAAUCUUGGCUGCUAAUCAAGGUUUACCAUAUACAGUAUUUAUGUUACAUAUUCAUCUGCCACUGAUGCCAAGUUAUGAGUAUCCAAUGGGGAAGAUGCUAUAAACAAUUGUUAAAUCUUGAAUUCUUUGUAGUGGUGGUGGUGGUGGGGAUUUAGACUUCCCAAAAUAUUGUGCUUGGAGGCAUUAUUCAUUAUCAGAAAUACAGUAAACUGGUACAAUGGCACAGAUAAAAACAUGACAUUUUUCUGGGGCACACGGAAUUGAUUCAGAAAUAUACAAAAGACUAAAAAUAUAUACCCCCCCAGUGCUGCAAAUGGGAAAUGUUAUAUAAUUUUGGCCUGGUGUAGGUAUGUUGGUAAAAUACAUAUUCACACCAAUGACAUAAAA